GAGAGUGUCUGGUGACGUCACGCUCGGUCAGCUGCUGAAUGUUUACAGCGCGAGGACAACCGGAACCGAGCACCGAGAACCGGAAAGAGACACCGGGAUACACACAGCGAGCGGACAGCGGGAGCACCUGGGCCACAACUCUUGCCGCAAUGGGAGGAGCUGUGAGUGCAGGAGAAGACAAUGAUGAGCUAAUUGAUAACCUUAAGGAGGCCCAAUACAUUCGGUCAGAUGUGGUGGAACAAGCUUUUCGAGCCAUUGACCGUGCAGAUUAUUACUUGGAUGAGUUUAAAGAAAAUGCUUACAAAGACUUAGCCUGGAAACAUGGUAAUAUCCACCUGUCUGCACCCUGCAUCUACUCCGAGGUUAUGGAAGCCCUCGACUUGCACCCUGGGCUCUCAUUCCUGAACCUGGGCAGCGGGACUGGUUAUCUCAGCACCAUGGUGGGACUUAUCCUGGGACCGUUUGGCAUUAAUCACGGAGUGGAGCUGCAUGCUGAUGUUAUCGAAUACGCAAAGCAAAAACUCGAUCAGUUUGUACGCACCAGUGACAGCUUUGACAAGUUUGAUUUUUGUGAACCCUGCUUUGUAAGUGGAAACUGCUUAGACAUUUCUCUGGACUCCUCUGCGUAUGACAGAGUGUAUUGCGGGGCUGGGGUACAGAAAGAGCAUGAAGAGUAUAUGAAGAAUCUUCUGAAAAUUGGGGGAAUCCUCGUCAUGCCAAUAGAGGAGAAGCUCACCAAGAUAACCCGCACCAGCACCUCCACGUGGGACACAAAGAAAAUCCUGGCAGUGUCGUUUGCUCCCCUCAUUCAGCCCUCGAAAGGAGAAACUGGGAAAGCCAAGAGCCUCAGACUGCCUCCUCCAAACGUGCGCACUCUUCAGGACCUGUCUCGCAUUGCCAUCAGGACCCGCAUUAAAAAGAUAAACCAAGGAUUUGGUUGCCGAGGAGUUAGUGGAGUACGGAAAAACCCACCUACCUUCAAGCGCAAGAGACUGCGAAGGCGCCGUUUGGACACUCUUGUCGUUUUGGACAAGCAGGUUUACGCCAGCCGGAUCCCUAACCCAUUCGAUUUCGACGACGACAACAACAACAACUGCGAAGAUGUGGCUGACGAUCACAGGGAGCAAGAGGAGAGGGCAGCAAGUGAACCCAAGGCAGAGUCACAGGUCAAUUUACUGCGAGAGAAGAUCCUGAGCCUCCCACUACCGGACCCUCUGAAAUAUUAUCUGCUUUACUACAGGGAAAAAUAAACAGAGCUUGAUGGCAUUGAAAUGUACAGUAAGGGGGCUUCUCCUGCAUCUCCAGCAUGCUCCGCAGACUGUGCCGCCUCCGUUGGGUGUGAUUAUCUCCGGCCAUGGCCUUUGGGCUAGCAGUGGGUGUUGCUUCAUUUAGACCACAUUCCUUAUUUCCCCAGCUCAGUACUCCGUGGUUAAGACUUUUUUUUCUCUGCUGGGCUAAGACUUGUCCUGUAAUCACCUGUUACAAUAUUUGGCUUGCUUUGUUAGACAUUUUCGUUUGUGGGUGAAGAGAACUUGUCUAGGACACGUCUGGUGCUUUUUCACGACUUUCUUUCCAAAGCACAACUGGUUUCACCACAACGUUCAAAUUUUAGGGGAUAAUUGGCCAGAAUUGGUCAUUUUCACUGGUUUAUUUAACUUGUCAAUUUUUGCUUAGGAGCAAAUAUUUUGUAUUUCCUUUAAUUUAUGCAGCGAAUUGGUAAGAUAUUUUUUUUUUUUUUUUUUGACCGAAGGUCUGCAAAUGUUCUCGUUUGGUUGGAUGCAAGUGUAAAUCUCUAGCCAAAUCUGUUUCAUUUCCAGAGAGAUUUGUUAAUUUCUAUAUAAAUAAAAAAUAAAAAAAUGCCCUUGUAAAUAAUGGGAACCACCCAAACUCCAGGAAGCAUUUAAUUUUCUAAUGACUGCAUUCAGAAUUCCCAGCCGUUUCUGCCUCUUUUUUUUUUUUUUUUUUUUGGACGCAGGGUGAUUCUGCACAUUUAAAUAAAGAGCCGUCAGCUCCCAAAUUCUAGUCCAUCGCAGAGCUGGGUGUCUGCACAGUCUCAUGCUUCCGAAACAAUCUACUGAACUUGACUUCCUUUCUAUUGUAGGUAUGGGUGGUUUUUGGCAUAUAAUGUAUAAAACGCAUUUGUCAUCUUCCAGUGGAAAUUUGCAUAAUGUCGCUCUCUCUAUAACAUUCGUUUUAUAGUUAUUGCAAAUUUAAAAUAAAAUUGGAUGUCCAGUGCA